AUGUCUUCCACACCUAUGGAUAUAGACUCUCCUGCAGAUAAUGCAGUUUCAACGGAAGUCAGCAAGGGAAAAGGCAAGGAAGAAAAGCCUCGUUUUGAAGUGAAGAAGUGGAAUGCUGUUGCACUUUGGGCUUGGGAUAUUGUGGUAGAUAACUGUGCAAUUUGCAGAAACCACAUUAUGGAUUUAUGUAUCGAAUGUCAAGCUAAUCAAGCAUCAGCUACCUCUGAGGAAUGCACAGUUGCUUGGGGUAUUUGUAAUCAUGCUUUCCAUUUCCAUUGUAUUUCACGUUGGUUGAAGAGUCGUCAAGUAUGCCCACUUGAUAACCGUGAAUGGGAAUGGCAAAAAUAUGGUCGAUAA